GAGCCCUCUAUUUUUUUCUUCUUUUCCCCAAAAUAAAAGACACAGCAGAUAGCGUAUUCCGCUGCUACGUAUUCACCCCCGCACUCACCCCUCAAAAGAAUAUACCGCCCCACUGAUACACAGCAACAAAUAAACGGCAAAGAAGGCGAACGAGCCCAUCAUGUCUUUUCAGGAAGUCGGCACGGGCUUCGUGCAGCACUACUACAACUUCUUCUCCACCCAGCGCGCGCAGCUGGCUGGCAUCUACCGCCCGUCGACGCUGCUGACGUGGCAGAGUGAGCAGAUGCAGGGCGUGGAUGCGAUUAUGGCCCGCUUUGCGAACCUCGGCUUCUCGGAGGCCGCCUUCAAGCAGGACAACGUGGACUGCCAGCCUUCCCUGAGCGGUGGUGUGCUUGUGGUGGUGAACGGCGAGGUCGCCUUGAAGGACGAGCGCCACCCCCUGAAGUUCAACGACGUGUUCCACCUGGCCAGCGACAACGGUCAGUGGUACGUGUCGAACCAGGUCUUCAACAUCGUAGGCGGCGGUGGUAACUAA